AGCGUAGUGGCGUGAACCGUCUGUCCCGCAAAGGAAACAGAGCAAGGACGGCCCCAAAACUCCCUCCCCUGCCCUCCUUUUUGACCGCUUCCGCCUCUUCCCCUCACGGCUCCUCUUACUUCCUUCCCAUCCACCCCACCGCUGCCGCCGCUGCUGCUGGUACUACUGCACCACACGCUAGCGCUCGCCGCUGUCGCUGCUGCUGCGGCUGCUACUUCUACUCGCCUCGCCCCACUCCGCGUCUCGCAUUUCAUUGCGGGUUUUGCGAGGGAGGGAGGUUUCGGCAGCGGGCGGUGCUUUGGUGCUGCUGUGUGUGUGGUGGUGCCGUGUGAGCAGCGGAGAUGGCCGGAGGAGGAGGCGGGGGAGGGGGAGGGGGAGGCGGGGGGCAGAAGCAGGACGACCUGGCGCCGCACCCGGUCAAGGACCAGCUCCCCGGCGUCUCCUACUGCAUCACCAGCCCUCCUCCAUGGCCUGAAGCUGUUCUGCUUGGUUUCCAACAUUAUCUGGUCAUGUUGGGAACUACUGUUAUCAUACCAACUGCACUGGUUCCGCAAAUGGGAGGAAACAAUGUGGACAAAGCAAUUGUUAUCCAAACACUGUUGUUCGUGGCUGGAAUCAACACCCUUUUGCAGAGUUUCUUUGGUUCUCGAUUGCCUGCAGUGAUUGGUGGAUCAUACACCUUUGUUCUACCUACCAUCUCGAUCAUACUCGCGCAACGUUAUGCCAAUGAACCAGAUCCACACACUAAAUUCCUUCGAAUCAUGCGUGGAACACAAGGUGCUUUGAUCGUUGCCUCUGCACUACAGAUCAUAGUUGGCUUCAGUGGCCUUUGGCGUAAUGUUGCCAGAUAUCUGAGUCCGUUGUCAGCUGCUCCUUUGAUCGCACUAGUUGGCUUUGGACUUUAUGAGCUGGGAUUCCCAUCGGUUGCCAAGUGUGUUGAGAUUGGUCUGCCUGAACUUAUCCUCCUGCUGAUCUUUGCAAUGUACCUACCACAUGCUAUAGGCAUGCUGAAGUCUGUCUUCGACCGAUUUGCUGUUCUAUUCACGAUUCCCAUAGUGUGGCUCUACGCGUAUCUCCUCACAGUUGGAGGAGCAUACAGGAAUGCGCCACCAAAGACCCAAUUUCAUUGCCGCACUGACCGUUCUGGACUAAUUGGUUCUGCUCCCUGGAUAAACGUGCCAUAUCCGUUUCAGUGGGGUGCUCCAAGUUUUGAUGCUGGUGAAGCUUUUGCAAUGAUGGCUGCAUCUUUUGUUGCUCUGGUGGAGUCUACUGGUUCCUUCAUUGCUGUUUCGAGAUAUGCAAGUGCCACACCUCUCCCGCCUUCUGUACUAAGUCGUGGUAUUGGUUGGCAGGGUAUUGGUAUUCUUCUGAAUGGGCUAUUUGGGACUGCAAAUGGAUCUUCGGUAUCGAUUGAAAAUGCUGGGUUGCUAGCAUUGACACGUGUUGGCAGCCGAAGAGUAGUGCAGAUAUCAGCUGGUUUUAUGAUAUUCUUCUCUAUUCUUGGAAAAUUUGGAGCUGUAUUUGCAUCAAUACCUGCACCUAUCUUUGCAGCUCUGUACUGUGUCUUCUUUGCAUAUGUUGGUUCUGCUGGGCUUGGUUUCCUUCAGUUCUGCAACCUCAAUAGUUUCAGAACUAAGUUCAUCCUUGGGUUCUCCCUUUUUAUGGGCCUUUCAGUUCCUCAGUACUUCAACGAGUACACAUCUGUUGCUGGUUUUGGCCCCGUCCACACACGUGCAAGAUGGUUCAAUGACAUGGUGAACGUACUAUUCUCGUCAAAGGCUUUUGUUGGUGGAGUUGUUGCAUAUGUGCUGGACAACACUCUUCACAGGCACGACAGUGUAGUCAGAAAAGACCGCGGAUAUCAUUGGUGGGAUAAAUUCCGGUCAUACAGGACUGACACAAGGAGUGAAGAGUUCUAUUCCCUGCCAUUCAACCUGAACAAGUUCUUCCCUUCGGUGUGAGCAUAUCAUGUGAUUAGUGCAAGAUACUGAGGUUACCUGUACCGUAUGUUCCCACUUCUCUGGAAGUGGCAAACUGUUGGGCCGACCUCCCUUGGUAUAUGGAAAUCCUGUGUUCUUAAACAAGAUGGAAAUCCUAUGGUUUGAACAAUGAGUUUCAUUGGCUUACUAAAAUCACCUUCGUUAUGCUAGGUUACUGCUGUAUAUUUGGCGACUCAUUUGCAUAUUGGAAGUGCAUAUUGGGUACCUCGUGUAACCAAUCUCAUUCGCAAAACAAAGUCACCUAUUGACAGCCA